UUCUCUUUCUCCUCCUCUCUCUAUCUACUCUGCGUGCCCCUGCUUCCCCACCUCUGUUCCACGUGAGAGGCGAGGGGAAAACUAGGAAGCUACAAGAAACUAAGAGGAGGAAGAAGAAGCAGACGACGAGCGAGAAGGAGAUGGAGGGCUACGAUCGGGCGAGGGAACUCUCAGCCCCUCUCUUGCCCGAGCCCGUUGACGACGUGAUCCUCGAUAUCGGAGCUGCGACGGUCAACUGCGAGAGCGAUCGAUCGGCCGGCGAGACGACGAGCCCGUUUGAGUUCCUCCUAGGCUCUAUCGCCGCCACUCCCGCGACAACGACUGGGACCGCCGGUUUCUCGCACUCGUCGCCCCUGUCGCACCCGCCGAUUCCGCUCGACCCGUUCGCGAAUCGGACCGUGAGGAUCGAGGGUUUGUACGAGUGGGCUAAGAUCGUGGUCUGCAUUCCGUUGGCGAUCGUCCGGCUUGUAUUCUUCGGGCUCGCGCUCGCUGUGGGGUUCUUAGCCACCAAGACGGCGCUCCAGGGGUGGGAGGAUAAGCAGAACCCGAUGCCUAGGUGGAGGUGCAGGGUCAUGUGGAUUACUCGCUUCUGCUCCCGCGUCAUCCUUUUCUGCUUCGGGUAUCAUUGGAUAAGGAGGAAGGGGAAACCUGCACCACGGGAAUUGGCCCCUAUAAUUGUAUGUAAUCACGUCUCGUAUAUCGAGCCGAUCUAUUUCUUCUAUGAGCUAUUUCCUACAACUGUGGCUUCUGAAUCGCAUGAUGGAAUACCAUUUGUGGGGACAAUAAUAAGAGCAAUGCAGGUUAUAUACGUGAAUAGGUUCUCAGCGGCAUCUCGAAAGCAUGCGGUUAAUGAAAUAAAGAGAAAAGCAUCAUGUGAUGGAUUCCCUAGAGUGUUAUUGUUUCCUGAAGGCACCACAACAAAUGGGAGCGCACUUAUAUAUUUCCAAUUAGGAGCAUUUAUUCCUGGUUAUCCCAUCCAACCAGUGGCUGUCCGGUAUCCUUUUGUUCACUUUGAUCAGUCUUGGGGCAAUAUCUCAUUGACAAAGUUAAUGUUCAGGAUGUUCACUCAGUUUCAUAAUUUUAUGGAGGUUGAGUACCUCCCAGUCAUUUCACCCCUUGAAAAUAAAAAAGAAAGUCCUAUUCAUUUUGCUGCAAGGACAAGUCAUGCUAUUGCAAGUGCACUCAAUGUUGUUCAAACUUUUCAUUCUUAUGGUGAUUUGUUGCUUCUUUUGAAGGCAUCGGAACAAGGCUAUGAGAAGGCAUCUGCUUUUAUGGUAGAAGUGGCUAGAUUUGAUCAUUUAUUCAGCAUAAACACAUUGGAAGUUGUUGAGUUUCUUGAGAGGUUUAUGGAAAUGAAGCCAGACUGCAGCGGGCGUGUUCAGAUGUACAACUUCUUGAAUUCAUUGAGGUUGAAGCACAGCCCUUUGACAGAGAAGGUAUUUGCUUUUCUUGAUGUGGAACAGCGUGGUUCUAUAACUUUCAGACAGUUCCUAUAUGGAUCUGCUUGCAUAUUGAGGCAGCCAGCAUUCCGGCCAGCAUGUGAGGUCAUCUUUGACAAUUAUGAUCAUAAUGGAGAGGGAUAUAUUUCUGAGCCGCAGUUUGGAAAUGCUUUGCGAUGUGGAGACCCAUACUUGAGUGAGAAAAAUGUGCAUGAGCUGUACGCAUUAUUCGACGUGGACAAAGAUGGUGUGGUCGGUUCAAAUGAUUUCAUGAUCUGCCUACAGAAGAAUCCUGUUUUGAUUGGCCUGUUUCCUUCAUGCACAAGAAUUGAAACGGUUUGAUGGUCUGCUGCGAAUGAUGUUUCAGUAGUUUGAUAGUUUUGGUGAUUUAAGCCAGUUUUGGGGUUUUUUGUCUGUAAUAUGUUCUUUAGGAAGCGGCUUCUUCUAUGUACAUUGCAACUUACAACAGAAGAAUGAUUUUGCCAAAUACCAAUUAACUAUUCUUUCUUUUGAGAUA